UUCUCAAACUCAGCUGUGAGAUUUCAAAUUUUGCCGGUUGAAGUUGAAGCCAUCCAUUGUGUUGCGAACUUGAAAAGAUUCCAUUUAAACGCCAAUUUUUACUUUAUCCGUCGCAAGCGGACCUCAAGAACCAUGACGGAAACACAGCUGAAGGCCAAGAACUCUAUCACCCUCAGGGGAUCGGCCGAGAUAGUCAUGGAGUAUUUGAAUUAUGGCAUUAAUAGCAUCCUCUUCCAAAGAGGAGUGUAUCCUCCAGAGACCUUCAAGACUGUUGAAAAUUUUGGAUUGUCAAUUUUUGUCUCUACUGAUCCAAAGAUUAUCUCCUUUGUUGAAACUGUUUUGAAUCAAAUGAAAGAUUGGUUGGUAGAUGAAAAAGUUCAGAAGAUUUCUAUGAUCAUCACUAAUAUCAGUACUAAAGAAGCGUUGGAGCGUUGGGACUUUAAUGUUAAGUAUGAGGCUGGCUCUGAGUCUUCUACUGACCUACAGGAGCUUAAAGAAACAAAAGUGACCAAACCUGGGAAGGCAAAUGGACCUGUCAAGACUGGCAACAAAGAAUUAAAAGUAAUUCAAAAUGAAAUACGGGAUGUUUUACGACAAAUAUGUUCCACUGUCAGUUUCCUGCCUUUGCUAGAUUGCCUAUGUGCUUUUGACGUCCACAUCUACACCAGCAAAGACUGUGAGGUGCCAGAGGAGUGGAACGAAACAGCCCCAUGCAUCAUUUCAAACUCUCAGGAGCUUCAGCUGAGAACUUUCUCUACAUCUUUGCAUCACAUGUCUACAGUAGUGAGCUACAAGGCAGAGUGAUCAUAUGGAAUCCCAAACCUUAUUCAUUCGAUUGUUGUGAUACCAUUUGCAUUGUGAUUCCUUCCAUUACAUACGUAUGAAGUGUUGUACCCGCUUAUUUUAGACUUUCACAAUGAAUUGACUAAUGUUAUUUAUUUUAUGAGAACGAACUUCCUGUCAAUUUAUUGAAAUGUUUAAUGUUCUGCUAGGUUCAGUAUUCUUCUGCAGCUCUAUAGCUUCAUGAUUGAAAAAUUGCAGAAAUUUGUGGGUUGGGCAUCUAAGUACUGUUAAUACUGCUGGUCAGGCUUUUUCUUCUUUCGCAUUUAAUUUUCUGUUAUGCAGACAUCCAAUCUAACUACAAUAAUAUCUGUGGAUUUUUCUGAGUUUUCUUUAUGUAGUAUUGUGUGUGGGCUGCAAACUACUUUUUGGAAGAAAGGAUCAAUUUCUUUGGGAAGUAAUUUUUAACUAAACAAAAUAAAUCAAAAUAAAUGACAGUUGGUCUACA